UUUACAAUAACAAUGGCGCCGCUCAGUGAGGAAAUAACUGAACGCUUUCAGACCGUUUUUCCCCACAAGUAAUGUACUGUAUCCAACGUGUUCCUCGGCUGGCUGGGAGCGGGCGGUGACAGUUCGAUUAUUUUCGUGAAUACAGUAUGGCACUUUUUGACAGGAUACGGAAGGAAUGGUUUAUCAUCGGGAUUGUGCUUGUUAUCACCUUUGCGAAACUAGAACCUUCAGUUGGAGUGAAAGGGGGUCCAUUGAAGCCGGAGAUCACCAUCACAUAUAUUGCAGUGUCUGCUAUAUUCUUUAACAGUGGGAUAUCAUUAAAGACGGAGGAGCUGACCAGCGCUUUAAUGCACGUGAAACUCCAUCUCUUUGUGCAGUUUUUCACGCUCGCCUUCUUCCCAGUUGCAAUAUGGGUCAUCCUGAAGCUUCUUGCCUUAACCUCCAUUAAUCAGUGGCUGUUAAGAGGGUUACAGACGGUUGGCUGUAUGCCCCCACCUGUAUCAUCAGCCGUCAUUUUGACCAAAGCUGCAGGAGGAAAUGAGGCAGCUGCCAUAUUUAAUUCAGCCUUUGGAAGUUUUCUGGGUAUAAUCGUCACCCCGCUGCUGCUGCUCACGUUUCUGGGCUCCUCCUCCUCAGUGCCCUUCAGCUCCAUCUUCUCUCAGCUCUUCAUGACGGUGGUGGUGCCUCUCAUCGUGGGCCAGGUGUGCCGCCACUUUGUGAAGGACUGGCUGGAGCGGAGGAAGCCGCCGUUCGGCGCGGUCAGUAGCUGUGUUCUGCUCAUGAUCAUCUACACCACCUUCUGCGACACCUUCUCCAGCCCCGGGAUACACCUGGACCGCCUCAGCCUGGUGCUGGUGGUGUUCAUCAUCUUCUCCAUCCAGCUGGGCUUCAUGCUGCUAACAUUUCUCUUCACCACGCGGGUUAGUAGUGGUUUUUUACCACCAGACACGAUUGGAAGCUAGGCAGUCUUGACAGGAAAAACAAACAAAACACUGAUCCUUGGUAUCCCCAUGCUGAAGAUCGUGUUUGAGGGAUAUGAGCACCUGUCACUCAUCUCUGUGCCGCUGCUGAUAUACCACCCGGCCCAGAUCCUGCUGGGCAGCAUUCUCCUGCCCACCAUCAAGUCCUGGAUGAUCACCAGACAGAGGGCAGUGAAAUUGACCAGUCUGCAGCCUGUAUGACAGGACCUUGGAGAGACUAUGGUAACAGACUGAACCAGUGGACCAAAAGGGGGCGCAAGAUCAAACCCCAGCUCUGCCCUCCUACCCCCCCACCCCCACGCCCACGCCCAACACUACCCCUGCGCUCAUUUCUAAUUCUACCCCCACCCCUAUGUCUACCUCCAUCCUCAAUCCCACCCCCAAUUCUACCCCCACCGCUACCCCAACCCCCACCCCUACUUCCACCCCCACCCCUACCCCCACCUCCACCCCAACCCCUACCCCUACUUCCGCACCCACCACCAGUUCUACCCCCACCUCCACCCCCACCCCCAGUUCUACCCCCACCCCCACCACCACCCCAACUCCGGCCCCUACUUCCACCCCAACCACCAGUUCUACCCCCACCUCCACCCCCACCGCCACCUCUCCCCCUACCCCCAGUUCUACCCUCUCCUCCACUUCCACCCGCACGCCCCACCCCACCUUCCCACACCCCUCCCUACCACCCUCGGUGGCAGAUCUCUGCCAGUCCAGUGCCUUAAUGAAACUACCUGGGACCCCCGGCAGCCUGCCUGAUUUCCAUGGUUACAGAGCAGUCUUUCCUUCAUUUUCUAAAUGAAUCUCACAUUUUUUAAAAUCUGUUUUGAAAUGAGGAACUAUUCCCUGCCCACAUGUAGGAACUAAUCUACUGCACCGUGGUAGCAUGGGAAAACUUCCACCUACAGCACCGUUACCGUGGCAACAUGGGAACACUUCCACCUACUGCACCGUUACCGUGACAACAUGGGAACAUUUCCACCUACAGCACCGUUACCGUGGCAACAUGGGAACACUUCCGCCUAGUACACCGUUACCACGGCAACAUGGGAACACUUCCACCUACUGCACCAUUACCGCGGCAACAUGGGAACACUUCUGCCUAUGGCACCGUUACCACGGCAACGUGGGAGCACUUCCAUCAGCCUCCAUGGACUGACUGGGACAGGCGAGCUUCCAGCAGUUCUGUUUUUUACUCUUUUUCCAUUUCCUUUUGAUAUUUUUUUAUUAAAGACUGAACAGUAUGUGUGACAA